AGCACUGUGGAAAACGACAACAAACGACGCGCGUAAUGUUCAGUAAUCCAAGAUGUCUGCGCCCUGAAGGAUGCUGCUGACGGCGUGAAGGUAUCGGACAGCGUAUAGUGGAUGGAUUCUCAGUUGACUCGGAGGCAGAUUUGAGGAUUUCCACACAGAGCAGGAUGUCAAAGAUCUCGAAGGCAGCCAAGGCUGUGAAGAAAUUGGAUGCUGGCAAUGUAAUCCGAGCUAUAGUGAGGUCAGGACAAGCGGCCCCUGGCCCCCCUCUAGGCCCCAUCUUGGGACAGAGAGGAAUCCCCAUCGGACAGUUCUGCAAGGACUUCAAUGAGAAAACCAAGGAACUGAAGGAGGGCAUCCCUCUCCCCAUCAAGAUCCACGUGAAGCCGGACAGAACCUAUGACCUAAAGAUCGGACAGCCCACAGUGUCGUACUUCCUCAAACAGGCGGCGGGCAUCGCAAAAGGAGCCAGCAAGACGGGACAUGAGACAGCUGGAAAAGUGUCUGUGAAGGCAGUGUAUGAGAUCGCUCAGGUCAAAGCUCAGGACGAGUGCUUCAAACUGAGGAACUUCUCUCUCGAGAAUGUCGUCAAAAGCAUCAUCGGCUCGGCACGCUCGCUGGGCAUCGAGAUUGUCAACAAUCUCCCUGCUGAUGAGUACAAAGUCUUCUUGGAGCAGAGGGAGGAGAAAUUGAAAGCUGAUGCAGCAGCAGCCGCAGCAGCUGCAGCUGAAGCUUUGACAGGAAAAAAGAAAUGAAGACUUGCAGCAUCUCUUAUUUAUCCUCCCAUUCCUUGUCAUUUUUAUAGACUCUGUACAUGAAACACAUUCAUCCGAACCCUGUUAAUUCUGUGUGUCUCUGAUCUGAAUAAACAGACAGUUAUAAUAUGA